AUGGGCGUAGCAGAUGUGCUUGAGCUGCUGAGCGAAGAACUUGAGCUGGAGGUCGUUGACGAGGUUGGAGUUAUGAUGGAUGAGCUGGAGGACAGACUGGUUGUGAGCGAGGACGAGAUGCUUGAAGAAGCGUCGAAAAUGCUCGCCGAAAUUGUUGAUGCCUCAACACUUGUCGAAUUUGAGAAGCAACGACUUGUGGUGCUGGUCAAGACUUCCAACGAAGUUGCACUUGCUGUAGUCGAUGUCGAGGCGGUCGGGACGUUUCGUCUCACAGUCGAAGUUGAGCCUGGAGCAACGAAGAAGAUCACAGUCUCAGCAGCUUGCGCGGAUAUCGACGUAGAUGAUCCGGAGCUAGUAGCAGUGGGCGAGGCGAGUCUGCUGGAGGUCAGACUGGCGGAAGAAGUUGUGGUGAGUGAAGUCAACGAAGUAUCAGAUGCGGCAACCGACAACGAAGACAGUUGUAGAGACGAAGUGGAUAUUGUCAACGGGGUCGUUUCCGGCGCACCAAUCUGUUCCGUAGCCGGGAGGGAGGUGCCGAGAGAAAAGCUCGGCGUUGCGGAAGCCCCAAGUGUAGGAUUUGUGGAAAGCCCAAUGGUUGUUCCCGUUGACAAAGGUGCGUUGGCGAUUGAAGUUGAGUUCAGUGCCGUCUCCAGUCCUGUUGAGCCAGCAGCUAUACUAGUAGGCUCCAGUAAGGGCUCCUCGAUAUAG